AUGGAGUAUAUCUUGGGAAUUUUAUGUCACUACGCAGGAAAGAUUGCAGAAUAUACGUUGGGUUCAGUAUGCGUCUGUUAUAUCAACGACUUUACUUUGAAUGUUCUAGAUGUUAAAAAAAGUUUCGAAUGGAUUCGAGGGAUUAUGAAAGAGCAAAUCAGAGAAAUCACUAAUGGGACUGAAAAAUUUGAGCCAGAUUUUCUGAAACACGUUGAGAAUUUAUUGAAAGCUGCUGAAAACGUCUCAGAACGACAGCAACUACUGGAAGAAAGAAUUUCAAAUACAAACAAGAGCUAUUUCAGAAGGCAACGUCUAUAUUUUCUUGCAAAAGAAAUAGAAAGAGAAACACACAAAAUACAAGAGCUCCUCCUAGAUGUUAAGAAGAUUGAAUCACUCUCCAGGAUUACUGAACUUUCUAAUGAUUUGGUUGCGUUCAAAUCUCCUGAAGAAGCUUACACCGAGAUUUUGGCAGCAUUAAAGGAUAGAAGUGUUUCUAUUAUUGGACUUGUUGGAUUUGGAGGCUCAGGAAAAACUACUUUGGCAAAAGAAGUGGGUAAAAAAGCGGAAGAGAUUAAACUUUUUGAGAAGGUUGUCUGGGCAACAGUGUCUCAACUUCUAAAUAUAAGAAGUAUCCAAGAUCAGAUUGCUGAUCAAUUGAAUGUUAAGUUAAAGGAAGAGGAAGCAUCGGAAAUAGGUAGAGCAGAUAGAAUAUCAGAAGGAUUAAGGAAACGUACAACUCUUGUAAUCUUGGAUGAUGUAUGGGAAAAAGUAAACUUCGAAGCUUUAGGUAUUCCACUUGAUGAAAGCAGUAAGGGUUGUUGCGUAUUGAUAACUACUCGGAGUAAAGAAGUAUGCACUUCUAUGAAAUGUCAAAAUAUAAUUGAAGUUAAUCCCUUGCAUUACAGGAAAGUUAGGGCUUUGUUCAAAUUCCAUGCAAACAUAAGUAAUGACUCCCCAGAAGCUUUGAAAGUUUUGGCAGAAAGAAUCGUUACUAAAUGUAACGGAUCGUCUACUGCAAUUGCGACGUUAGGAAGCACGCUAAAAGAUAAAACUAUUGAAGAGUUUGAGUCAGCAUGGUUAAGACUACAAAAUUCCGAACAACUUAGUUCUCUAAAAGGCUUAACAAGUUAUCAACUUUGUCUUAAAGUAAGUUAUGAUAAUUUGACAAACCAAUUAGCCAAAUCCUUAUUAUUAUUGUGUUCAAUAUUUCCAAAGAAUCAUGAAAUUGAUUUGGAAGAUUUAUUUCGAUUUGGAAGAGGAUUGGGCGUAAUUUGGAGAUUUGGAAGAAUGGAGAAAGAAAGGAGGGUGAUGCAUGCAGCUAUUAACAUCCUUAAGAAUUCUUAUAUGUUGGCAUAUGUCAAAGAAAAAGAAAAGGUGAAAAUGCCUGACUGGAUUCGUGAUGUAGCCUUGUGGAUUGCAGCUGAAAGUGGUCAAGCAAUUUUGACAUGUACUGCAGUGGAUCCAAGGGUGUUGAUAGAUGAUGAAAUCACGAAAGAUAAGAAUGUAAUAGCCUUGUGGGAUAUGAAAAAUGGUGAACUUCUCAACUAUGAAUGGAAUUGUCCAUCACUUGAAAUUCUCUUGCUUCAUUCUCCAGAGGUUGGCUUUACAAUAUCAAAUGCUUUAAUUGAAAGGUUGAAAAUGCUUAAACUACUGGCAUUCUUAAAAUUUGAAUACGGGUGGAAGUUGCCUUUUGAGACAGAAACACCAUCAUGGUACACUUCACCACUAUCGCAAUCAAUUGAGUCAUUAAAAAAUCUCAAUACUCUUAGCUUGAGAGGUUAUAAAUUAGGUGACAUCUCAGUUUUGGAAAGUCUAGAAGCACUUGAGAUUCUUGACUUGCGUGGUUCUUCUUUCAAACAAUUGCCUAAUGGAAUAGUAGCAUUACAGAAAUUGAAACUCCUAGAUUUGUACGGUUGUUUGAUUGAGAAAAAUAAUGCUUAUGAAGUUAUAGGAAGAUGUUUGCGGCUAGAGGAAUUGUAUUUGUAUUUGCUUCCAUCAAAAGAGGAGUUUCCACAUGAUUCUCUUUCUCGAGAUUGCAGAGUGUACCUUCAUUUGAAGUACAUUGAGGGAGGUUACAAAAAUGUAAUCCCAUCCAUGCGUUCACAAGGCAUGAAUCAGAUUGUUGUCCUAAUCCUUGAACACUGUCUUGAUAUUGAAUUCCUCUUUGAUGGCACUUUUACAAACAGCAAUGUUGAUAUGCUUCAUACCAAAACUGUGUUUUCCAACCUAGGUACCGUAAGGUUGCAUCAGAUGCAUGGCCUUCGAGAAGUGUUUCAUGACCCUUCUUCGCAAUGCUCUUUAGAAAGAUUACAAGAGCUAAGCAUUGAUAGUUGUAACCAAUUAUACAACACAUCCUUCCCAAGGAACUCAAAUCUAUGCAGUCUAAAGGUCUUGAAAUUGGAAUUUGCCCAAUGCUAA